AUGAAUCCAAAAAUCGUUGCCACUUCUACUACUACCACCACCGUUACCGAGAAACCUGAUGGAGGUGAUCCAACAAAUUAUUGCUCAAUUAUGCAUUCCUCCGGACCUAUUAUUCUUGGAGCAACCGAGAAACCUGAUGGGGGUGAAAUUGUACCAGAUGGUGUGCUUAUUUCAAUGAAACAAAUCCUAAAGACUACUGUUUUCUGGAUUUCUACAAGUUUCGUUCGAAGCAAGUUGACUUUACCUUCUCUUUCAAAAAGAGGCAUACAAACUAGCAGUUCUGGAUCUUUUCAGAGCUCUCAUAGAUAUGGGAAUGCUGUUCACCUUAUGAAUGGAAUGCCCGCUAUGGGAAAAUGA